AUGGUCUUCGGUCUUAGCCGCCUGACGCCGCAGCGCAUUAUCAUCUUCACUUCCGCAUCUGUAUUGUUCUGGCUAGUCGUAAUUGGAUUAACGCCAAUAACAUCACCACUCCCCCCCUAUACAGGGCCACAUGAGGUUGGCAUCUUAGACGUCGAGACACAAGUUGAGAAGCGUGUCAUUCGCGAAGCCACCUUGGAAGACACGGGAAAGAAUGCAUUCGAAUUAUCAACAUUGGCGGUGACACUCUACUACCCUUCUUCUCUGCCCAACAGCCCUCCCUCACAACAACCAUGGGCUCGUCCGUGGCUUCCUCAGCCAGUGUCGUUGAUUGGUCAGGGUUACUCGCGCCUUGCAGGUGUAUCCUUCUUGAGUCCUGUCUUUACUUUUGCCCUCUGGGCAUUGGGCUCGUCGACCGUCAUCCCUGGCAUUGUAGAUGCACCGGUUCUCUCUGGCUCCGAGAAGGUGCUUGUCGAGGAAGGCUCAGGCGCAGGCGGGUUUGGCAAGAUCUUGGAGGCAGCAGAGCAAGAGCAAGAGCAUACGGAGUUGAGGAGAGAUGAAAAGAUUGGGACGCUUCCCUGCGUCGUCUUCACGCAUGGGAUGGCUGGUAUGAGCCAGAGCUACUCACACUACCUAGGCAGUAUCGCCAGCCAUGGCUUUCUUGUCGCAGCAGUGGAGCAUCGCGAUGGCAGCGGGCCGGGGACUAUUGUUCACUAUCCCAACAAGACGGAAAGGCGUGUCUGGCACAUGAAGCUCAAGGAUCUCGUGUCUGACCCACCUAUGACCGACCUCGACCUAAAGGAAGCCCAACUCGCUUUCCGCGAGGCUGAGAUCGCGGAGACAAUUAAGCUCUUCGCACAACUUAACGACGGCGACGUACCAGUCAUCAACCUUAAGCCCGGUUCUCCUCGUGAAGCACUUUCUGGCUUUAAGGACCGCCUAGACAUAUCGGCUGUCACAGUAGCGGGUCAUUCUUACGGCGCCACUGGUGUCUUGCAGGCUCUCAAGUCCGCCGGACCCAAGGACUUGAGUCUUAACGGAGGUAUUGCGCUGGACCCCGGCAAAGGAUCAGGUCCGCUAAACAAGGACAUCAACGUUCCUCUACUGGUCAUGCAAAGUGGAGAGUGGACCGACAAGCAGACCACAUUCUACGAGCAGGGCUGGCACUUCGAUGUUGUUAAGAAAAUUGUUGAAAACGUGAAGGCUGGUUGGAUGAUGACCUUGACUGGCACUGCGCAUCCAUCUUGCACCGAUGCACCUCUCAUCGUACCUUGGAUUAUGAAGCUUGUGACAGGCACGUCACUCGAGUCAAGAGUUGCGUUGCACGAAUACAUUGACGCGUCAGUCCACUUCUUGAAGUUCUUGAAGACAGGCGAGAAGGGGGGCAUCCUUGCGAGCGACGUCACCAGCUCGGCAGGACCGUUGGGAGACGCUGACAAGCGUACAAAAGCGAAGGGAGAGUCUGGCGCAGAUUGGGAAGUCCACGUCGUGCCUGAAACAAAAUCUGAGUAG